UGUGUUGCCGGCACAGAGGAGUGGCAAAGGGUGAACACCGAGAUCCCUGUGAAGUCUCCUCGCUUUGCAGUUUUUGAUUUGGCUGAAGGCAAAUCCUACUGCUUCCGAGUUCGCUGUUGCAAUUCAGCUGGAAUCGGUGAACCUUCAGAAGCAACUGAAGCCACUGUGGUGGAUGACAAACUCGAUAUUCCCAAAGCUCCUGGGCGUAUUAUGCCAACUAGGAAUACAGAUACCUCAGUUGUUGUCACUUGGACAGAGCCCCCAGAUGCCAAGGAGCUGGUUGGGUACUACAUUGAGUCAAGCGUAGUUGGAUCUGGUCGUUGGGAACCAUGCAACAACAAUCCAGUGAAAGGCACAAGAUUCAUUUGCCAUGGGCUCAUCAAUGGUGAGAAGUACAUUUUUAGAGUCAGAGCUGUUAAUGCAGCGGGACUCAGUGAAUUUUCACAGGAUUCGGAGCCUAUAGAAGUGCAAGCAGCCAUUGGGGGAGGAUUGCUUCAUGCUGCUCCAUCUCCACCUUAUGACAUCAUGGUACUUGAGAGUGUUCGUGACUCGAUGGUAUUAGGAUGGAAACAACCUAAAGUCACUGGUGGAACUGAAAUUACCGGCUACUACGUGAACUAUCGUGAAGUGGUUGAUGGAGUUCCUGGGAAGUGGAUGGAGGCCAACAUUAAGGCCGUUAGUGAGAGGGCAUACAGGAUUGCAAACCUGAAGGAAAACAUGGUGUACCAGUUCCAGGUGGCUGCUGCUAACCUGGCUGGGGUUGGGACACCCUCCCUACCCAGCCAGCCCUUCAAAUGUGAAGAAUGGACCAUCGCUGUACCUGGGCCACCCCAUGAUGUCACAUGCACAGAAGUUAGGAAGGACUCUUUGGUUUUACUGUGGAAAGAACCAGUUUAUACUGGUCGUAGUCCCAUAGCUGGUUAUUAUGUUGAUAUGAAGGAAACUGAAGCAAAGGAGGAACAUUGGAGAAGUGUCAAUGAGAAGCCACUUCAAAAGAAAUUCUUGAAGAUAGGUGGCCUAAAAGAAGGUGUGAGCUAUGUGUUUCGUGUGCGGGCAACAAACCAGGCUGGUGUUGGGAAACCGUCACAUGUCACGGAUCCUGUUGUAGCUGAAACACGACCAGGAACCAAGGAAAUGGUGGUUGAUGUAGAUGACAACGGAGUCAUUUCCUUGAACUUUGAAUGUGAUCAGAUGUCUCCAAACUCUAUGUUUGUUUGGUCCAAGAAUUACGAACCAAUUGAGGACGACUCUCGACUGAACAUCGAUACUAAAGGCGGAAAGUCAAAAGCUACCUUUAAGGAUCUUGGAGAAGAUGAUUUGGGAAUUUACUCUUGUGUUGUUACAGACACUGAUGGAGUUUCAUCAAGCCAUACAAUUGAUGAGGAAGAAAUGAAACGCCUACUUGCUCUGAGCCACGAACGCAAAUUCCCAACUGUCCCACUUGCCUCUGAGUUGGCAGUGGAAAUUUUGGAAAAAGGAGAAGUGAGAUUCUGGUUGCAAGCUGAAAAACUGUCUGGCAAUGCAAAGGCCAACUUUGUAUUUAAUGAUAAAGAGAUUUUCAAUGGAGAGAAAUAUAAAAUGAAGGUGGACCAGAAGACCGGCCUUGUUGAAAUGAUUAUGGAUAAACUUGAGGACAAGGAUGAAGGGACUUACACUUUCCAGCUGCAGGAUGGAAAAGCAACCAACCAAUCCAGCCUUGUCCUCAUUGGCGAUGUAUUCAAGAAGCUGCAGGAUGAAGCAGAUUUCCAGAGAAAAGAGUGGCACAGGAAACAAGGUCCUCAUUUUGUGGAUAAACUGGGAUGGGAAGUUACCGAUGACUGUAACGUGAUGUUGAAAUGUAAGGUGGCUAAUAUUAAGAAGGAAACACACAUUGUAUGGUACAAAGAUGACAGGGAGAUAAUGGUAGAUGAAGAACAUGACUUUAAAGACGGCGUGUGUACUCUGCUGAUAUCAGAGUUUUCUAAGAAAGAUGCUGGCACUUACGAAGUCAUACUGAAGGACGACAGAGGAAAGGACUCCAGUGAGCUAAAGCUUAAGGACACAGCUUUUGCAGAUCUGAUGAAUGAAGUAUGCAGAAGGAUUGCUUUAUCUGCGACAGACCUGAAAAUCCAGAGCACAGCUGAGGGUAUCAGACUGUACUCCUAUGUUAGUUAUUAUGUGGAAGAUCUGAGAGUAGGCUGGGUGCACAACGAUACCCAGAUUAGGUUUACAGACCGAGUGAAGACUGGUGUCACCGGGGAGCAGAUCUGGUUGCAGAUCAAUGAGCCAACUCCACAGGACAAAGGCAAAUACACCAUGGAACUCUUUGAUGGGAAAACAGGACACAAAAAGACAGUGGAUCUUUCUGGACAAGCAUUUGAUGAAGCCUUUGCUGAGUUCCAGAGAUUAAAGCAAGCUGCGAUUGCAGAGAAAAAUCGUGCGCGGGUACUUGGAGGUUUGCCCGAUGUUGUCACCAUCCAGGAGGGCAAGGCACUUAAUCUUUCUUGCACUGUCUGGGGAGAUCCUACCCCAGAGGUCUCAUGGCUGAAGAAUGAAAAAUCAUUUGUAUCCGAUGCUAAUUGCAUCCUGAAAUUUGAAUCUGGAAAAAACGUCAGCUUUACCAUUUCUAAUGUGUCCACAUUCGACUCUGGGAAAUACAGCAUUGUGGUGAAGAACAAGUACGGCACAGAGACCAGCGAUGUCACUGUGAUUGUGAUUUCUGUGUCAGGACAGACUGGCACAGUCCAAGGACAUGAUCAAAAUAAUAUAAAGGUAUCUAAAAAGAAAAAAAUGACAGUAAGCAAACAGAAGGAAGGGGAAAAGAAAGAUUUUAUUAAGCCACAUGCAGAAGAAAUUAUUGCUACAGAACAGACACCUGAUCCAAAUGAAAUCCCCCCUGUGGAAACAGAAAAGGAUAAAAAAAGCCAACAGCGAGCAGCAAAGACGACUGAUGGAAAGGCAGCAGUGGCAGAAAUGGUUCCUCAGCCCACAGAAAGCUUGGAUAGGCAGGAAAAGAAAUCACUGGAAAAAAAGCCUUGA